ACUACUCAAACUGAAGACCGCUGAUUUCGAGAGUAGCGUCACGUGCCCCUUUCCCAACUAUGGCCGCAACGAUGCACUCGAAAAAGCGGGUUUGUUAUUAUUAUGACGGUGAUAUUGGGAACUACUACUACGGCCAGGGUCACCCAAUGAAGCCGCACCGGAUGCGCAUGACGCACAACUUGAUUCUCAACUAUGGACUCUACAGAAAAAUGGAGAUCUAUCGCCCACACAAAGCAACACAGGAAGAGAUGACCAAAUACCACAGCGACGAUUACAUCCGAUUCCUACGAAGUAUACGCCCGGACAACAUGUCUGAGUAUAACAAGCAGAUGCAGAGAUUUAAUGUCGGAGAAGAUUGCCCGGUCUUCGAUGGCCUCUACGAAUUCUGUCAACUUUCGACUGGAGGUUCAGUUGCUGGAGCCGUGAAAUUGAACAAACAAGCGACAGACAUUGCAAUCAAUUGGGCAGGGGGCCUGCAUCACGCCAAAAAGUCUGAGGCCUCCGGCUUCUGCUACGUCAAUGACAUUGUGCUUGCCAUCCUGGAAUUGCUCAAGUACCACCAGCGCGUUCUCUACAUAGACGUGGACAUUCACCACGGUGACGGUGUGGAGGAGGCCUUCUACACCACUGACAGAGUGAUGACAUGUUCUUUCCAUAAAUAUGGCGAGUACUUUCCAGGCACCGGAGAUCUAAGGGACAUUGGUGCUGGCAAGGGCAAGUACUACGCCGUAAACUUCCCCCUGCGUGACGGCAUCGACGACGACUCGUACGAGAGCAUCUUCCAGCCGCUCAUCUCCAAGGUGAUGGAGAUGUACCAGCCGAGCGCAGUAGUGCUCCAGUGCGGUGCAGAUUCCCUGUCGGGAGAUCGUCUGGGCUGCUUCAACCUCACACUGAAGGGCCAUGGACGCUGUGCCGAGUUCGUGCGACGCUACGGACUGCCUCUGCUUCAACUAGGCGGGGGCGGAUAUACCAUCCGCAACGUCGCGCGCUGCUGGACCUACGAGACAGCCGUCGCGCUCGGCGUCGACAUUGCUAAUGAACUACCUUACAAUGACUACUUUGAGUACUUUGGCCCUGACUUCAAGCUUCACAUCAGUCCUUCCAACAUGGCCAAUCAGAACACACCUGAGUACCUGGAGAAGAUCAAGACUCGAUUGUUCGAAAAUCUCAGGAUGUUGCCACACGCUCCUGGUGUUCAAAUGCAGCCGAUUCCAGAGGAUGCAGUCGAUCAAGAGAGCGAAGACGACGACAAGGCUAACGCGGACGAACGCAUCAGCAUCCGGGCCUCUGAGAAGCGCGUUGCCUGUGACGAGGAGUUUUCCGACUCUGAAGAUGAGGGUGACGGUCGCCGAGACAGCCGUUCUCACAAGCCCAAGAAGCACAGACGUGGCCCCGACGAGGAUGCGAAGUCCACGGAUAGCAGCGCCCCAAAGAAAGAGGCAGAAGAAGACAAAGAAGACAAAAAGAUGGACACAUCAUCCACAGAAAAGGAAGCAAAACCAUGAUGGUCAUGUCGCGUGGCAUUUUAAUUUCCCCGUCGAUCGUUCCAUCAAGAGUGACAGACCUAUUUAUGUAACACACAAAGGUUUCGUUUUCUUUUUUUUUUUUAUUUCAGCGACUGUCUCUCUGACAGAAAACUUCAGCAUCCCAUGUGUACAAUACGUCGAACAACCAUCAUGCUUUUAAAGAGAACAACCACGGAAGCCACCGGUGUUACUCGUCCUCUGUGUGACGGGCAUCCUCCGUACCCGGGGAUUUUGUACAAGUUCGGUAGCGAGAAAGAUAUACUGUUGGAGUACCGACGCUUUCAGCGGUGCCGAGAAAAAUUUGAAAUGCUGCACACUGCAAUUGUCCUGAGCUAAAAAAUCUGGUGUUUGCUGAACCUUAGUUGAAACAGCUACGGUUUGCCUUGAGUAUAUACUGCUGAAAAUUGUCUUUUUAAUCUUCCGCGAUAAUUUCCGAGGUAUUUAUGCCUGCCCACGUGGCCUUUUUGCUUCAUUCCCAAAAUGAUGUAAAUAAAAUUCUUGCCCUUCCUA